AUGGAGGGGGACAUAAAAGAAGUUGCACAGCAGUGCGUCAACCUUUUCACGCAGUGUUUGGAAAUCCCGACACUCAUGGAAAACGAAUGGGCUGAAAACCGCCUUGCGGAUAUGAACUUAUGGAUAUCAGGUACCGGAGCCUGCGCCCGAGGACGAGCUUCUUUGGACUGGAGACUAGCCUCGAGGCCCGAAGCUCGUGAUGUAAUCGUCAAUUUAUUGCGCCUUCUUAGUACCGUGAUUGACGAAUGCUUGAUUCAGAGUCGAAAACAAGGCUUUUCGCGCAGUUAUCACGAUGAGGAAGACCCCGCCUCUUCUGAGCAUGAAAAACCGGGGCGGUCGUUUUCCCCAUGGUCCGAUGAUUCCAGCUCUGAUAGCCAGUCGAAGGACCGUCACGAGCUGCGAAAACCAUCGGGAAAUCUGUUGUAUGAGUCAAUGUAUAACAUCGAGUCGAUGCUGGAUCAACUUUCCCGGGUCGCGGUUGCCAUACGUCGCUCUGGAAGGCGCUCACGGUGGCAAAAGGCAGACCAACUGUUCAACGCAACAGAGCACCAGGAGCUGAAGGGCCACCUUGUCGGAAUGUUACUCUUUCAACUAAAGGGUCGUACUCAAGAAAGAGACCCAUCGAAGUUGGAUGAAGUACAAUUGCGGCUGGUACACUGUAACCUGAAGCGUCGAAAUCGCUUUUUGUAUUCUCAAAAACAUGCCUUGGGUCUGGAUGCUGGCUGCGUACGACAUACACCUGUAUCGAAGCCAGCUGCAUCAGCACAGAAGGAGACACCCGAAAGAAAACCUAGCCCUAAAUCCUUGGAUAAUAGCCCAGUGCACGCCAAUAAAACAAUAAUUACGGGAACCAGUGCCUCCAGAUUGUCCGAUGGCUUUCAAUUACCACAACUAGACCACGCUAUAUCUGUCACGUCCUCCGCAGUAUCAUCAACAGCACUCAAUGUAGAUUACCCGCGCCCGCCUCAACUCAAGGAUGAUGCGCGGCUCUUUCGGUGUCCCUGUUGCUGCGAAGCACUUCCUGUAACAAUGACAGAGAAUAUUAGGUGGAGGAAGCAUAUCGAAGAUGAUUUGAGCCCAUACACCUGUGUUUUGGCUGGUUGUGAUCAACCUUAUGUUCUUUAUAAUACAAAGGAUAGUUGGCGACAGCACAUGCUGAAGGAUCACAGCAGUGUGACAUAUUGGACCUGCUUUGUAUGUGGUGAUGGGUCUCAAUUUUCUGACAGGGACGCCUUUGUACAACAUACAGAGACCUUUCAUGCUGCCACCAUUCCACCAGCACAUAUUGCAGUCCUGGUUGAGUUAUCAAAAAAGACAAUGCCCUCAGAAAUCCGACGCUGUUCACUUUGCAAUUGGCCAGAUGACGACGGAGUCGAAGUGGAAAAAGAGGCGCUGUUCAAUCAUAUCGCCACGGAGGUCCACUCUUUUUCUCUCCGAGCAUUACCAUGGGCAGAUAGUAAUGGACGAGGGAGUGAUGAAAUUAUUUACAACAGCUCCGAAAAGGUCUACGACUGGCUAAUCAAGAAUGACAUUCAAGUAAAUCCCAGUAUAGAACGACCUUCCUGCGAGAAGAUGCUAUGGUAUGAUGACUAUUUCCAGCAAAAUGCUUAUUUUGAUUGCAGCUCAGAAGUGUCGUCUUCAAAUGAGCUUGAUCCCGAUGGAUCGAGGCAAAACGAACUGGAUGGACUUAGAAAGGCAGAUGAGAUAGAGUCGCGAGGACAGAAGAGUGAAGCAAAUGCAGAAUCAGGUCUUUCUUCUUCGACGUCUAAUACAGAGGAAGAUGAUGGAGAGCAGACCGAGAAGCUCGAGAUACCCAUGGAGUCUCGCAAGGUUAAACUUAUUGAAGAGAAUCCUGACGCUCAGGAAGCAUCUUCCAAAGCUUCGGCCACCACCUCUCGGCAGAAACCGGUAGAAGAUUACUCGCAACUCGCCUAUUUUUUUGCCGGAGGCUCGGAGAAGAUAAGCGCGCAUGUUGUCCUUGACACAGUGGCUGAGAACAGUUUUAUGUCUUACAAUAUUGCGACUCAGUUAGGGGUCCCAUUUCAACCCAUUUUGCCCAAGGUCUUGGUCACCAUCCCCAAUAAUGCGGAAAAUCAAACGAGCUUCACGACACAAUAUCAAAUUGAGGUUGACUGGUAUUUUGAAGAAAAGGCCAAGUGUUAUACCACCAAUUUCUUAGUCUUGGACAUGGACAAGUACGAUGUAAUCAUUGGCAAGGAGGCUAUUUCUAGAUUUGGUUUGAUUCGUCGAGCGGUGCACUUAUCUCCCACCCCGCGUAUAGAACGGGGGGUGGAACAGGAGGCAGAACAGGGGGACUUGUCUGUAAAACCGGACAAGCCUCGGUCACUGGGCGCAAGAGUGAGAUCGUGGUUUGAAAGAAAACCGGGCUGA